AUGUUCAAGACCGCCUUCUUCGCACUUCUUGCUGCCACCUGCUGCCCUGCGCAGUAUGCUCUCCAGAGCAACUUCUCCGGCGCCGCCUUCUUCGACAACUUCGACUUCUACGACUCAUGGGAUCCGACGCUUGGAUUUGUGAGUAGAAGCCUCUUCUUCAGGGCAGACGAUUACUGACUCCACAUGCCCCUUUGGUAGGUACACUACGUCGACCGCACGACGGCUCAGGCCUUUGGCCUGAUCAACGCCAGCGAAUCUGGUCCAGCAACCUUUGGUGUUGAGCACACGCAGAUUCUAGACCCGUAAGUCAAUGCCUAGGUAGAGACGGUUCGAGAGACGUUGACCGUGUGCACUAUAGCGAAGCCAACUUGGGGCGUGCUAGUCUACGACUCAUCUCCCACCAGACUUGGACGCAUGGCUUGUUCAUCCUGGACUUGGCUCACAUGCCUGCCUCGCAGUGUGGUACUUGGCCUGCGUUUUGGACUGUUGGAGGGCCCUCGGAGUGGCCACAGAACGGAGAGAUCGACAUCAUCGAAUACACGAACACGAAAACCAACAACUCCAUGGCUCUUCACACUAGAGAAAACUGCACCAUCGCCGGCUCCGGCCAGACAGGCAAGCUUCUGACCAAUGACUGCGGAAAGGACCUUGGGGUUGCUGGCUGCUAUGUUGCUCCCAACAAAUCGGAUAGCGCUGGAAGCAGUUUCAACUCGAUCGGUGGUGGGGUUUACGCCAUGGAGUGGACCUCAGUGGCCAUUCGGAUCUGGUUCUUCCCCCGUCUUGCCAUACCAGCAAAGUAGGUCCACGCUUGAUCAACGUUCAGACUCAGCUAACGUCUCGCAGUGUGAGAAGCCCGAAUCCUGACCCAGCACUUUGGGGGCUACCGGACGCCAACUUCGAGAGCAGCGACUGCGACAUCGACUCGUACUUCUUCAAUCACAGUAUACUCUUCGAUACGGAGUUCUGGUAAGUGCACCUUUCGCUGAAGUCGGCGGCAGCAGCAGUAGCAGCAGUCAGAGCAGCGCAAGAAUGUUGGUUUGAACAGCUACUCACAUCUAGUUUGCGUGCAUAAGUGGCACCUGGGCCGGCCCAACAUUCGUCGAGGAUGCAUGGUAAGUAUAAUGAUUGAUGGAAUGCACCCCUCAGUCUGAAAUAAAAGCUCACCUUCUGCCCAUCUUUCAGUCCGGCUCUCAAUCCCUCUAAUCAAUGGUCCUCGUGCAAUGAGUACGUCGCAGCCAACCCCGAAGCAUACGUGAAUUCGUACUGGGCGGUGAACUAUCUGCAAGUCUUUAGCACCAUGCCCGGCACGCCCCCACCUCCCUCGAGCCCACUGGUCUCUGUUCUCCCAGCAGCAAGUACUACGUCUGUUACUGCUAGCGGCGCCGAGGGCAGAUCGACUACUGCGUCUGGCACACUAGCUCCGCCGUCGACUUCUUCGGUCACGACUGCCACGUCCUCCACAACCUCAUCGACUUCUCCAGCGACCAUGACGAGUCCUUCGGCCAUCCCGCCACCGGCGAGUACGAGCUCUACCUUCUCUACGAGCUCGUCGACGCCAUUCUCGUCGUCGUCGACUACGACGUCUUCCACGAGCCCGCCUACCACAGCCUUGCCCAGCACUUCUGCAAUCGACGGUCCCAUAAUUAUCGAGACUACUACGGAGGUAGUUGUUUGGGUCACUACUACCGUUAUGCAGGUGGAUAUACUUGUCAACGAGGGCUCGGCUACGCAAACGUUGGAAUUGGGCUCUGA